GACUGACGAGCAUUAUCGUGCUGUGAUUGGGAAGAUUUGAUCGAGAGCCUCAGAUGACACAAUAAAAGGGGGUCCAUUUGCAUACGAGUGGGUAGUUGAGUUUUGAGUGUGAUUCAAUCGAUUUGCAAAGAUGCGGUUGUUAGGGAUGGGAUCACUUUUAGUUGUGGCCUUCGUGGCAGCUGUGGUUUCCGGUUUUCCGACUCAGCAGCGGUUAUCGGAAAUCGAUUGUUCGAUCCCCGGACAUCAGGGAGUAUUUGUGCCGCAUCCUGAUUCGUGUACCAAGUACAAAGUUUGCUUUAACGGAGGCCUGGUAGAUGGAGCCUGUCCCGAAGGUUUGUUCUACGAUCAUCCCAAUCAGGGUUGUGACUUGCCAGAACGUGUCGAGUGCCACUUGGAUGAAAGCGAUCCUGAUGACGAUGUGCCCGAGGAGGAGGAUGAACCCGAGGUGGAUCAAACUGAGGAUGAAGUUGAGGAAGUAGAAGAAGAUGAUGAUGCUGAUGUUGAACAAGAAGAGGCUCCUGAAAUUGACGAACAGAAGAGAAAAGUGAUACUCGCUGAUGAAGACGAUGAGGAUGAUGAUGAUGAUGAUGAAGACCAAACCAAUGAAGAUGAAAAUGAUGACGCAGAAAACGAAGAUGACGACGAGGAUAGCCAUGAUCAAGAUCAUGAUCACGAACACGACCAUGAUCACGAGCACGAUCACGAACACGAUCACGAUCACGAACACGAACACGAUCACGAACAUGAUCAUGAACACGAUCACGAACAUGAUCAUGGUCACGGACACGAUCAUGGCCAUGACCAUGAACAUAAUCACGAUCAUAACCAUGGACAUGGUUGUCAUGGAAACGAUGAUAAAGAGGAACAGCAUGAUGAAGACAACAAUGGAGUAGUAAACGAAAGCCCCGAGAAUGUGGAAGAAGGCGAAAGUCGUGGAAGGAAGUUGCUUAAAGUUGACGAUGACGAUGAUGAUGAUGAGGAGAGUAAUGUCGAUGAUGAGAACAACGAUCACGAUCAUGAUCAUGAUCAUGAUCACGAUCACGAUCACGAUCAUGAUCAUGAUCAUGAUCAUGAUCACGACCAUGAACAUAAUCACGACCAUGACCAUGAACAUGGGCAUAACUGUGAUGAUGACAAAGAUGAUGAAGAAAAUACUGAUGAUGACAGCAAUGAAAUUGUAAACGAACACCCUGAGCAAGAAGAGGAUGAGGAGAAUCUCGGAAAGAAGGUUCCUAAAGAUGAUGACGAUGAUGAUGAUGAGGAAGCCAAUGAUGACGAAGAUGACGACGACGAGGAAGAUUCUGCAACAGACGAAGAUGAUGAUAGCGAUGAGAAUGAUACCGACGAAAGUGACGAUGAGCACAAAGAUGAUGACGAAGGAACACCUGAAGAAGAUGAUACAACUAAUGAAGAUGAAGACGAUGAUGACGAUGAGAACAAGCAAGUGCGGCACACAACUGAAUCAAACGAUGACGAGGAAAAUAAUGAUGAAGUCGAUGAUGUGAGCGAAGACGAAGAGGGUGAGAAAAAUGAUGAUUGCGAUGAACACAAUGAUGAAGAGGCUGCCGAAGAUGAAAACCAAAAUGAUAAUCAAGAUGAUGAAGAAGAAGAAAAUGAUGAUGCAGAUGAUGAUGAAGAUGAUGAGACGAAGUUGAAAAAGGAUGAUGAUGAUUGUAAUGGAGAUGCUGCUGCUGCUGAUGAUGAUGUUAAAAAUGACGAUGAAAAUGAUGAUGAUGAUGAAAAUGAAAAUGAAGGCAACGAUGAUGAUGGUGAGAAUAUUGAUAAUGAUGAUGAUGACAACGAUCACGAUCACAACAAUGUUGAUGAUGAUGAGGAUGAUAAAGAUGCUGACGAUGAAGAACCAGAAGAUGAAAAAUUGGUUCAGGAUAUUAUUGAAAAUAUUUUGAAGAAAACCUUCAAAAAACUUGCGUUGGCUCGAAAUAAUUAAAAUAUUUUAAAUUGGACGUAUCUUACCAAUAUUUGGUACACUACAAUCGCAGAUCCACUGUAUCGUGAAAGUUUCAAACUUAAUGAUCCUUCGA